AUGGCCGUCGCCACUAUCGAACAGCAUACUCUAGAAGUUGAUGCAACAUUUGACAUCGACAAGUCAGCCGCUGUAAUCAGCAACGACCCAGCCAAGAUAUAUGAUGAGUACCGAUAUCUUCGCGGCCAUUGCCCUGUUAUUCACACCAACCAAUAUGGAGGAUACUGGCUCCUCACCCGAUACGAAGACGUUAAACGAGCCGCCAUGGAUUCCGAAACGUACAUCUCCAGCGUCAAAGCAGUGGUACCAAGUGAUUCCAGGGGGAUUCGUCGACCACCUCUAAACUUUGACACACCAGCACACACUCCCUUUCGGACCGCCUUGGAGCGAACAGUGAAGCCUGCUCGGCUCCUCCGUCUCAGAAGGCCCUUACAACGGCACGCAGAGGCAGAGCUUGCUCCAUUACUAGCUCGAGGUAGUGGGGACAUCAGCGUCGAAUUUGCCGCCAACUUUGUUGCUCGCAUGGUGUCGGAGUGGUUAAACCUCGAACCUGAAGUGGCACCUAAACUUGCUAUUGCGGCAGCGAGUUGGCUGAAUGCUUGGAGGAUGCAAGACGGCGAGACUGUGACGUCAAAUUCUAUGAAGAUAUACGAGAUCGCGCAAGAGCUUUUAGCAGAUCGCCGCUUGCACCCAAGGGAUCCUGAAGAAGACCCUGCAUCCUCCCUGCUAUCCGAACGAGAUGCUCAGGGACAGCCCCUCAGCAAUGAACACUUGAUCGGUUGUCUUCGACAAAGCCUGGUCGUCGGCGUAGUCGCACCCCCGAUUUUGAUCGGGUCAAUUUGCAACCACUUGUCAAAAGACAAGGAGCUACAGCGCAACUUGAGAAACAAUCCUCCGUUAAUACCCGCCGCGAUGGAAGAAUUUCUGCGGUUAUACAGUCCCUACCGGGGAUUUGCCAGAACAACUUCGAAAGACAUACAUCUGCACGGCAAGGUCAUACACCCCAAUGAGCCAGUCACUUUGUGUUACACGGCAGCCAAUCGCGAUCCGGAAGUUUUCGGGGAUCCAGACGAUUUCAUUCUUCAUAGAGAAAACAUUUCGGCGCAUAUGGGAUUCGGCAGAGGCAGACAUCGGUGCGCUGGAAUGCCUCUUGCGAGAUUAGCUCUCGAUAUCAUUCUCCGAGUCAUCCUCAAGAACACUCAGGAUUUUGAGGUUGGUGGCGAAUUGCAGUACUCCCGCAUGCCCGAACUAGGCAUCAUCAGUUGUCCAAUGAACUUCAUCUUGUAG